AACGCGUGCAAUUGGAACCACGUGUUGCAGCCAUUAUUAUCAUUAUUAUUUGUCUGUGAUUUUGUGGUGUGAAAUUGUGAGGGGAAAAAUAAAAAAAGCAGGCUGAACGAUGUCAACGAGGUCGAAACUGUUGUGGGAGUUAGAAAGACGGAAGAGGCAAAACAAGGAAGGAAGACAGUUCAUAGAGGAAGCAAUAAGCGGGGGCAGUCGAGGAAGGCAGAAUGCUGAGAAGAUUGAAGCAAACAGGGUUGCUGCAAUGAGGGCUGAGCUGCAAUUGUUGAGGGAGCAAUUGAAAGGACAACAGUCAGGACAGCCAGAUGAUAAAAAGGAGCCGGAUGGCGAAAGCGACGAAGAGGCGAGGAAUAGCAGCAAGGAGAGCGAGAAGGGUCAAAAAAAAAGGGGUGGAAAGCGUCAAGCCGAACGGGACGCAAUCUACUGGAAGACGGAAUUCAAAAAACUCCAACGGACGAUGCAGGAAUCCGUCACUGCAGGAAACACAAGAGGGGAAGCAGCGAUUCAUCCAGGAGGGAGAGAUGUCUCAAUGAGGCACUUCAGAGGCAGAGGACAAAUGCCAAGUGGCAGGGGAGGAAGAGGGCAAUUCCACUCACAAGGAUUGCAAAGGAGAGGCCAAUUUUACGAUGGUGGCAGGGGCGGGGGAGCGAGAGGACGCGGCCCGAGAGAGGACUAUCAAUUUGAAUUAUCGCAUAUAAUACCACAAGAGCUCCGAAAUUAUCGGAUAUUUCCCGAUAGGUUCGUUGGAACCUAUCGGGAAAUAUCAGAUAAUUUCGAAGUUCAAGUGGUAUUCGGGGGAUUAUUUUUUGCAGAAUGUUUAAUGACCGAUCCAACAAUCGAGAAUCGUUUGCAGGUGAUUGAUAGAUGA